UCUACGCAUGCGUCGAUUUUCCAGCCUCGACUAAAUUAUAUCGUGCGCCGUGCGCUUCAACGCAAUAAUUAUUAAUACUAAACCUUAUACCUGUUCAAAAUUAAGUAACUUAAUACGCUCUAAUCUUAAGUACUACAUUGAAUAGUAUUAUAGUUUCAAUAAGUAAAUUGAUUUCGUAAUUACUUUAAGUACAGACGGGCUGAAAAGAAAAAGUAAUAUAGUUUAAGUUUAAUAAUAUGAGUGUUUUACAUUUAAUUUUAGUUCUUUUUUCUUUUCGAAACGCAUCUAUUAAUUUUAUCUUUUCCUUUUUACAGCCUCAUCAUGUCAUCAAGAAUUCAGCAGCGAUGGCACAAAACACGGCACUUUGACUUCACCGCAUUACCCGUCACCCUACCCUCCGAACACUCAUUGCCACUACGAAUUUUUCGGAAGGGGCAAGGAGCGGGUUAGAUUAAUAUUUCAAGACUUCUACUUAUACAAAUCUGCUGAUGGAUCUAUUGAUUGUACAAGUGUGGAUUCGUUGCAAGCAUUCGUCAAUGUAGACGGGCGGCUAGAAAAAGUGGAGACGUUCUGUGGAAUUGACCUCCCGAAGCCUAUUAUGUCGAAUGGACCGAAACUAAUGCUGGAAUUCCGUGGAACGCAGUCAUCACGAUACUCAAGAGGAUUCAAAAUAUCAUAUUCAUUUGUAGAAAAUUUCGGAAUAAACACAGGGAGGCAGUUGAAGGAGUUUCCAUGUGCGUUCGUAUAUAAUAGUAGCGAGGCGCACAAUGGUACAUUUGCGUCCCCAAACUCGCCGGGACCAUAUCCAAGGGAUACCGAAUGUACAUACUUCUUUCACGGCGGCGAGACUGAGAAAGUGCAUCUGCAUUUCACGAAUUUUGACGUUGAAGGAGUUUUACCAUGCCAAGCAGUAUCGGCGAGUGAUUAUGUCGAAUUUUCAAACUAUAUGACUGAAGACAAUAGAUUCGGUAGAUAUUGUGGACAAAUGAAAGAGUUCCACGUAGAGUCUGAGAGGAAUUUCUUCAAAGUAACUUUUAGGUCGAACGACCGAUUAGAUGGUACAGGUUUUAAGGCAAUCUAUCAGUUUUUAGAAGCUACUGAUGAAUACCGAGCUCCACCUGUACAGGAUAAGGCUUCACAUUCUUUAUGUAUAUUUGACCAUUUUCUAAUGCUGAUCAUCCUCGCGAUACCACAGCUGCAUCAUCAACUAUAUCAUUAAAUAAAGUGAUAUUAGAUUAAAUAUUAUUAAAUAAAAAUUAGUCUAUAAUCCUGUAUAUUUUGUAUAAUAGUAUGUGCCAUACACCUGUAAUUACGUAGAUAUGCAAUAUUUUCUAUAAAAUCGCGUUUUAUGUUUUCUUCUAUUGUCUACCAACUUAAAGCAAUACCAUAUGAAACACAAUAAAGAUUUAUUC